AUGCCGAAUUUACAUGACCUGUUCGUCCACAUCGGAAAUUACGGACCAUACCAAAGGAGAAUCACUGUCCUCGGAUCUCUGCCGGUGCUGACCUUCACGUUCGUCCUCGUAGGAGUCGUGUUCUUGGGGAACACUCCCGUGCACUGGUGCCGGACCUCCGGGACAGAGCGCAUCCAGGAUGAAUGUGACUGGACAGACAAGGAGCUGCGUGAACUCACCGUCCCGCUGUUGGAUGAGUCGGGGCAGGGCGCAUUGGGCGCCUAAAGCCGCUGCCAGAGGUUCGAUGUGGCCUGGAAGUUCUGGAACGGCAGCAAGAGCAACUGCAGUGACCUCACCGACUGGCCCUUGAUUUCUAAUCUCACCCAGUUACCGGUAGUCGCGUGCGACAGAGGCUGGGUGUUUGAUCCAUCUCGCACUACUAUCGUUUCAGAGGUAAAUUUGGUCUUCAAAACCCCCCGCAGUAGGAAUGAUGUGGGAGGUUUUAUGCUCUGUUCUGUACCGGCUCCUGCUUUGACGGUUCUGUUAUUGUGGUCUGUCUUGUUUUUGUCUUUGAUAGUCAUUGAGUUCUUUGGCUCAAACAACCGGAAGUUUGUCUCAUUGGUGUCCCGUACCUUUUAUUCCACUGGGAUGGCCAUCCUACCUCUCUUGGCAUACUUCUUGCCCUUCUGGAAAACCCUGCAGCUGGCCAUGAGUCUCCCCUGCUUCAUCUUCAUCACUUACUUUUGGCUCAUUCCAGAAUCUCCUCGCUGGUUGUUGUCACAACGAAGAACCAAAGAGGCUAUGAGGAUCGCUAAAAACAUUACCAAGUGCAAUAAGAGAACUGUCCCGGAGAAUUUUAGAGAGGUGGCCUACUUUUGAUUUCUGAAACAUCUUGCUGUGCUUCAGGGAGUUCUCUUCGGAGUAGUGUCUGAAACAUCUGGUUGUGCUUCAGGGAGCUCUCUUCGGAGUAGUGUCUGAAACAUCUUGUUGUGCUUCAGGGAGCUCUCUUCGGAGUAGUGUCUGAAACAUCUUGUUGUGCUUCAGGGAGCUCUCUUCGGAGUAGUGUCUGAAACAUCUUGUUGUGCUUCAGGGAGUUCUCUUCGGAAUAGUGUCUGAA